AUGGAUUUUACGUACAGCUACGAUCGUGUGCUCAAUAUCGAACCUAAAGUUGGUGAAAAGUUUCCAGAGCUCAGCAUCAUGCGGAGAAAUCGUACAGAAAAGAACUUUCUAGACAAAUUUUACAAAUAUAAAAGAAAUGUGACCGAACUUGCAAAAAAGCGUUGUUUAGAAGCGUUUGCAAAAAUGCAAGAUAAUGGCAACAAACGUCUGUUGCGGGAAGGAUCAUCCAUGAUCCGGGACAUAGUGUACUGUUCGGGUCAUCGUAUGCUGAUCAAACGUUACCUGAACAACUAUGGCAGGGGGCUCCUAAAUGCAGGCCGCACUAGAGUAGCAACACGCUUUCUGGAAGCUGCCUAUGCCAUCGAUAUGGAAACUACAGCCGAAUAUGUGCAGACCGAGAUAGCUCGUCUAAUAUGUGUAGCCUACAAAAAUAUGGGACAAUAUCAGGCAGAAAUGAGCGUACUCUGUUGGGAAAAAGAUCUGUUCGGAACAAAUGACAGCAAGGCGGUAUCCUGUGAGACGUUGGAUGGGAAGCUCGUUGCUAGACGUGACUUUAACGUCGGAGAGGUUGUAUUCAUCGAUAAGCCCUUAGUUGGUCAUGUGAAAGUAUCGCGAGUACAAUGCAACUGUUGCCUGCUCAAAACAAUGAACACGAUUCCCUGCGUGCGUUGUUGUACAGUAUUUUAUUGCAGCGUAGCAUGCAUACGCAAGGAUUAUUAUUACCACAAGUACGAGUGUACGGGGUACAAGAUAGCUUUGUUUCCCUUCUUUGAAGAUGAUACACUCGUAUUACGGCUGUUGGUGAACGUGAUGGACAUAUUGAAGCGUAAUGUUUCACAACACCAGCAGCAGCAGCAGAAAUUACCCAAGAUGACAGCACGGCAACUGUGGAAUAUUUUGCUCGAAAAACAUGAAUAUUCGGAAGACUUUAUCAAAGUCUUUCAAGCAUGCACGUGUGACCACUUCGCGGAGGACAAUGAUACUUACCAAGUUCUGCUCCAAAAUGCUUCAUUCAUGUUGUACUACAUCGACCUUGAUAAGCGUCUAGUGGAUGACUAUACGGUCAGCUGGAUGAACUUUGAUGAAAGAUGGCCGUACCUGUUCCUGGAGAGCGUCCUGUUGCGACUUUUAUGUAUUACGAAACUGAAUGUGUGCAAGUUUCGUUAUAGACUUCAGUUCAAUUCUGCUGAAAUGGACGUCCCAGAUAGCAAGGACGACAAGUUCACGACAUGUGAACAAUUCAAAAUCGUAGAUAACGAGUAUCGUGGAAUGUACAGUUUCCAGACCGAAAUGGAUGGUUCUACCACUGCAUUCAACACCAUCUUUAACUUACUGGAUCAUGGAGCGGUUGCGGUUCGUGCAGUAAAUCUGAUCAAAAAGGGAGAUGCAAUAGUGUUUAAGAUAGAAUCUUCUAUACCUCCGACAAAUAUUGAUCGCACGGAGGAUGACCAGUCGAUUUAUUCGCCCCUCAAAACAAGAAUUACAAGCGCAUCAAACAUCAUAGAGAAGACCGAUCUUAUGAUGGAAAAGGUAGCUAGUCUCGUAGACGAAGGGUGUCUUUACACGGAGGAAAACUUCCAUGCGCUUCUGAACCUGUUCGAUUGCUUUAUAGACACCUAUAGGAAAGUAGUGGAAGAACCCAUUGCCAUGGUGGUGCUGUAUGACAUUUUAAAUGUUUUACAAGCUGUGUACCAAACGGCUAGAUCGAUCCCAGAUGUAUUGAUGCAUGAUGUUUGGAAGUCGCUGUUAGUGACUCGCGGUUUUCAAUUCCGCCGCAUCAGGCAAGAUUACAUCGAACGUUUGGGAAACCAUCUACAUAAGAUGUACUACCAGAACUAA